UGGCGGAGGAGAGAGAGAGAGAGAGAGAGGGCGGAGAACCGUCGGUGGAGGAGAAUUGAUUUCAUAUAUUCGGGUAGAAAAACAAAAAACCAAAAAUCGUAGACGAAGAUUUGUAGGAAGCUGAAGAAUCGCUUCGUCCACAAGCCUGCCUGCGCCUCUCUCUCUCCUAAUACAUACAGGUAAUGCGAAUGCGUUAGUGUUUUUGGAGGAAUUAAUUGCUCCGGAAUCGGGAGGAAGAGGCGGCGGCGAUGGCUGAAUGGUGCGCCGACUCCGUCUGCCUCGACGUGGAGACGAUUUAUCUUGGUGGAAAGGAACAUAUCAUACAAACUCGAUGUGGCUCGGUGUCGGUUAUAGUGUAUGGUGACCCGGACAAGCCUGGCCUGAUCACUUAUCCAGAUCUGGCUUUAAAUCAUAUGUCGUGUUUUCAAGGACUGUUCUUUUGUCCGGAAGCUGCGUCGUUGCUGCUACACAAUUUUUGUAUUUAUCAUAUCAGUCCUCCAGGGCACGAGUUGGGAGCUGCUCCACUUUCUGAUGAUAUUCCUGUCCCUUCGAUUGAGGACUUGGCCGAUCAAAUUCUGGAGGUGCUCGACUAUUUCAGGCUUGGCGCAGUUAUGUGUAUGGGUGUAAUGGCCGGCGCUUACAUCCUCGCCUUAUUUGCCAUGAAGUUUAGAGAGCGGGUUCUUGGUUUGAUCCUCGUUUCUCCUCUGUGCAAAGCGCCGUCUUGGACGGAAUGGCUAUGUAAUAAGGUCAUGUCGAACUUGCUUUAUUAUUACGGCAUGUGUGGAGUUUUGAAGGACUUCUUACUCUACCGGUACUUCAGCAAGGAAGUUCGCGGCACUGUAGAAGUCCCGGAAUCUGACAUCGUUCAAGCAUGCCGACGGCUCCUCGACGAGAGGCAGAGCUUAAAUGUUUGGCGAUUCCUUCAAGCGAUAAAUGCGCGACCUGACAUAACCGACGGGCUGAAGACGCUGAGGUGUCGCACGCUGAUAUUCGUCGGAGAUGAUUCUUCUUUCCAUUCCGAAGGUCUCCACGUCGCUGCGAAACUCGAUCGAAGAUUCAGCGCCUUGGUUGAGGUGGAGGCGUGCGGAUCGAUGGUGACGGAGGAGCAGCCGCACGCUAUGUUGAUACCGAUGGAAUAUUUCUUGAUGGGGUACGGUAUGUACAAGCCAAAUCUGUUCAACGGAAGCCCGAGGAGCCCUCUGAGCCCGACAUGCAUUUCUCCGGAGCUUCUCUCACCGGAAAGCAUGGGGCUGAAGCUGAAACCAAUCAAGACGCGCAUAUCGUCGUCGUCGUCACCCCGAAGGUAGAUCGAAAUCAAAAUCGAAACCGAAACCGAAACUUCAGUACAGGUUUUUGCUUUCUUCUUACUCAUCAGUAUAAGCAUCAGCAUCCAUUUUUAGAGAAAACUAGAAGAAGAUGAAUUGUGUUUUUUAUUUUACUUUUUUGGUAGAGAGAGAGAGAAGUCACUUAAAAGUAUUGAUUCUUUUGGUGAACAUAAAUAUAAAUAAAUAUAUAUAUAUAUUAUAUGUAUGUUAGGAUGGAGACAUAUAUAUAUAUAUAUAUACAUUACAUAUGUGGAUUUAUUCAUUCAUUAUGUGUAUCUGUAUUUUGUAUCAUCUAUAAAUCAAUCAUUCUGCCGAUUUUAUAUGA